GAUGAGGGGGAUGGAGGGAGGAGAGCUGAAAAGGGAGAGCUACAGGUGUGUCGCUGGGGAAGAAGGGCAAACAGCAAUUGGUCUGGGAGUCUUAUUGUAGCCUCUUUAACUGGUGCUUUUGGGUCGUCUUUUCUUUAUGGUUACAAUCUCUCGGUGGUGAACGCUCCUGCAGCGCAUAUCAAGAAGUUUUACAAUGAAACUUGGGAAAGAAGAUAUGGCUUCUCAGUGGAUGAAAGCAGACUGACUCUCCUCUGGUCUAUAACUGUUUCUAUUUUUGCCAUUGGUGGCCUUGUGGGUGCCAUUAUUGUUACCCCAAUUGUCAAGUUCUUUGGACGGAAGCGUACGUUGCUCCUCAACAAUGUGUUUGCAGUGACAGCUGCGUUGUUGAUGUCCCUCUCCUUGUUGGCAGGGUCAUUUGAAAUGCUCAUACUGGGACGCAUUAUAAUGGGUGUUGAUGCAGGCAUUUCUCUGAGUGCUCUUCCCAUGUAUUUGAGUGAAAUAUCUCCUAAGGAAAUUCGUGGUUCAUUGGGUCAGGUCACAGCGAUUUUCAUCUGUCUUGGUGUUUUCACUGGUCAAGUUUUGGGGCUGCCAGAAAUAUUUGGGCAAGAACCUCAGUGGCCUUACUUAUUCGGAGCGAUCAUUGUUCCUUCAUUGAUUCAAGUUGUGAUUCUGCCUUUUCUUCCUGAAAGUCCUCGUUACCUCCUACUUGAAAAACGUAACACAAGCAAGGCAGAAAAAGCAUUUCAGACCUUCCUUGGGAAGGAUGACGUGUCUCAUGAACUAGAAGAAGUUUUGGCAGAGUCUCAAGUCCAGAGAAACACCAAGUUAGUGUCCAUACUUCAGCUCCUGAGAACCCGCGCUGCACGAUGGCAGGUCAUUACCGUGGUCGUCACCAUGGGCUGCUACCAGCUUUGUGGGCUAAACGCUAUCUGGUACUACACAAACAACAUCUUUAGUGAAGCUGGGAUCAAUCAUGAAACGAUCCCCUAUGUUACUCUAAGUACUGGUGCUGUUGAGACUGUGGCUGCUGUUUUUUCU